CACGCCUUUCCCUGGCGGACAAGCCAGAACCGGAGCAGACGGAGCAGACGAUGGCCGCCCUGCGGCUCCUGAACUCAGCGCCGGGGGGCCAUGUGCCCACUGGCGGCUCCGGGCCCGCGCGGGUCAACCGCGGCGUCUGCGGCUUCCCCACGAGCGCUCGUGCGCGCGCCGAGUUCUACACGGAUCCCGUGGAGGCCGUGAAGGACAUUUCGGAUGGGGCGAAAAUCAUGGUCGGCGGCUUCGGGCUCUGUGGGAUUCCGGAAAGCUUGAUCGGGGCGCUGCUCAAGACCCGCGUACAGGACUUGAUCGUGGUCCGCAGCACGGGGGCGGGCGACUUCGGGCUGCGCCUUUUACUGGCGACUAAGCAGAUCAACCGCAUCAUCUGCUCCUGCGUGGGCGAGAACGCGCUCUGCGAGCACCAGUCCUGGGCGGGCGAGCCGGAGCUAGAGCUGACGCCCCCGGGCACCCGGGCCGAGCGCAUCCUCGCGGGCGGGGCCGGGGUGCCGGCCUUCUACACGCCCACGGCCUACGGGAUCCUCGGUCAGGGAGGAGGCGCCCCCAUCAGGUACGACCGGGAUGGCCACACCGCCAUCAUGAGUCAGCCCAGAGAGGUGAGGGAGCUUCACCGGGAACACGAUCCUUUGGAGCACGCCAUCACGGCGGAUUUUGCUUUGGUAAAAGGGUGGAAGGCCGACCGCGCAGGAAACAUCAUCUUCAAGGGCAGCGCCAGGAAUUUCAACGUGCCCAUGUGCAAGGCUGCAGAAACCUCCGUGGUAGGGGUGGAAGAAAUUAUAGACGUGGGGUCGUUUGCCCCGGAAGACAUCCAAGUUCCUAAUGUUUAUGUAGAUCGCGUGAUACUGGGGGCCAAAUACGAGAAAAUAAUUAAGCAUUUAACAAUCCGGACAGAGGAAGACGGAAAAGACAUGUCUGUGAAUGACCCAAGGGUGCGAAUCAUCAAACGGGCAGCUCUUGAGUUUGAGGAUGGCGUGUCCAAUUUGGGCGUAGGGAUCCCCCUUCUGGCCAGCAACUACCUCAGCCCCAACGUAACGCACCUUCACAGUGAAAAUGGAAUCCUGGGUCCAUUUCCAUUAAAAGAGGAGAUUGAUGCAGAUAUCAUCAACGCGGGGAAGCAAACGGUCACCAUCCUUCCUGGGGUGCUUUUCUUCAGCGAUGACUCAUUUGCCAUGAUCCGAGGGGCGCACAUCCAUCUAACCAUGCUAGGAGCCAUGCAGGUUUCCAAAUACGGUGACCUGGCUAACUGGAUGACCCCCGGGAAGAAGGUGAAGGGAAUGGGGGGUGCCAUGGAUUUGGUGUCCGGCCCCAAGACCAAAGUGGUGGUCUCGCAGCACUGCACCAAGGCCAAUCAACACACAAUCUUGGAGAAAUGCACGAUGCCCCUGACUAGGAAGCGGUGCGUGGACCGAAUCAUCACGGAAAAAGCCGUGUUUGACGUUCACAAGAAAGGACUGACGCUGACUGAGCUCUGGGAAGGCCUGACCGUGGAGGACAUCAGAAAGAGCACCGGCAGCGCCUUCGCUGUCUCACCUAAUCUCAGGCCCAUGCAGCAGGUGGCGACCUAACCCGGAAGGAGACCGUGGUCAGAGGCUCGCUUCAUUUUCACCUCCCAGGAUUUCAUCCAAAGGAAGUCAGGAAUUAUACUUCUCCUGUUCACAAGCAGUCAGCUGACCCGUUUUCUCCUGGCAUCUCAGACUUUCUACACCCACAUAGACUUUAUUCUCUCGUGAGGGGUAUGACUUUAAUUAAAACAAAAGGAAAACAUAAAAGUUUGUUUUGUGUGUUCCGUGAGUGCUAAGAAAGCUCUGCCACAGUCACUGAGGACUGCGAUGUU